AUGAAAUUACCCGGAGAAGGGGCGAUGGACAUUGAUAUUGAAAUGGGUGCCAUGGAAUCAGAUCUUGACCCAACAUUAACUUCUUUUCAGGCAUCUGCAAUUAUAGCAGUAUGCGCAGCAGUAUUAAUUGGUAACGGAUUUGUUUGCGCAUUGAACUGUUUUAAAACCCGAGCGCAAGGGUUUUAUUUAAAAUUUGUUCUUAUAUCCGCAGCAAUGAACAUGACAGCAUCACUUGUUUGUAUGCCUUUAAUGGCUUCUUGCUUAAUACAAGCGGAAUGGCGAUUUGGAUAUUUAUUGUGCAAAAUGACUGGAGUAAUAUGUUUCAGUAGUAUAAUUGUGACAAUGUUUUUUUGUAUAUUGGCAUCUCUUAGCAAAUGUAUUCUGUUUAGUAAAACAUUGUUUCCAAAGCGUGGAAUAAGUUUAAUGACAGAACGCGACUUUAUUAUUAUUUGCUUAGUGCUUGGUUUUGUAGCAUUUUCAUCGUUAGUGCUAUUUUUACUUGUUGAUUAUAAAAAAAUGCGUCAAGAUCCACAAAGAAUGAUGUGUACUUAUACCAAUUCUCCUAAUAUAACUGGUUUUCGUAUGUUUUACGUUGCGUAUUCUAUUUUACUUACUUUUGCAGAUUUACUUUUAGUUAUACCGUUUUCAUAG